AUGGUCUUGCUUGGGCUUGACGACAAGAAAUUUCUCGACAGCGAGCUUGACAACCUUGCAAAGGAGGGCUAUCUCGACCGUGAUGACUUUGCGAGCGCCUCUUCUGAGGGCCUCCAAAAAGCUGGGCUAAGGUCGGCGCGAGUCGACCAGAUCCUCAAAGCGCAAGGCGCGGCUGGUCACGGUGGAGGGGCGGCCGGCAGCACGGGCCAGGGAGGCCGCCGCUGCGCCGCCGAAGGCACGAUUGCCACAUUCUGGGCUACGCUGCCACAUGCGGCUGUGAGGGGGGAGCCUGGCCGCGAGGUGCUGACACUUGCUGGUGGUGCACGGUUUCCUUGGCCACGAUGGGCGCACGUGGAUCGCCUGCUGCGCCGCAGCUGCUACGAGGUGGCCUACAAUGAGAUGAUGGCUUUGCAGGAGGGCCCUCCGGACAGUGCCCUGAGGCGCUUUCUGAUCCUCGGGACGCCAGGCAUCGGCAAGAGCGCCUUCCUGCUGGACAUGCUCUACCGCCUAGCCUGCCUGGGGCGGACGGUCGUGUUUGUUCAUGGGGCCACCAGCAAGCAGGCGCUCCUGUUCACACCCAAUGGCGUGUUCACUGCGGACGACGCCACCGUCUUCCAUGCCGAGCUGUCGGAUCCAAAUACCUGGUUCCUCUGUGACGCCUUCGGCUACAAGUCGGUAGUGGGUGCCGUGACCGUGCUGGUCUCGUCGCCUCGCAUUGACGCGUAUAAGCACGCACCGCUGGUGAUUCAAAAGCAGGCGCGGCGCCAGCAAACACAGCGUGUGCCGAAAGGCCAAAGCGAUGGGAGCUGGCGGGAGAAUGAGGGAGUGCGUCGCUUCCAGGCGCACUGGACAGCUUUGUUCGAAUGGGCUGAGUGUGUUGCGCCUGAUAUGGAGGCUGGCGAGGUGCACGACCGUGUCCGCCAUGACCAACCGCCUGUCGGUGCCGCUCAGGAGUUUGCCAAGACGCCCCAUGCCGAGCUGUGGAUGGGUCCUUGGAGCCUUGAUGAGCUGGAAGCUGCUCGUCCCCCAAGCCUGGAUGCGGUGGAAAUGAAGGAGGCGUAUACCAAUUGGGGCGGCAUUCCGCGCUACGUCCUGGAGAACGCGAAGCGCUGUGGCGCUGCGCGGCUGCUCAGCGCUGCGGGUGCUGUGGCGCUGCAUGGCUCUGUGGUGUUGACCACCUGCAUGGCUCUGCGGCGCUGCACGGCACGGAGCAGCUUUGCGGUGCUGUGUGACUCCAUGGCUAUGUGCGGCACUGCAGCACUGCAUGGUUGCACAGUGCCGCAUGGUUCAGCACCGGUGAAGUCCGUCCAGCGAAGGCUGAAGGACACAGUCAGCUCCUGCAACCCCGAGGAGGUUCUGCGGUGGGCCGCACAGGGGAUGGAGGCCGCACCCAUCGUCAGCCACACGCUGCUGCAUGUGAAGGUGGAUGGCAAGUGCCAGAAGGUGGCCGUCGAUUUCGGCUCGGAGGUGAUCGCUGAGACAGUUCUCAAGAAGCUUCAGGCUGAGGGGACAGAGGCCAUACGGAAGUGGGUGGAGAGGGCGGCAAGUGAUCCGUCCUUGGCGACGCUGCGGGGUCGCGUUUUUAAGGCAUCCUGCCACGUUCGCCUGUCCGAGGGCGGCACGUUCCGAGUGCGGAAGCUCUCCGGCGAAGAGCCAACCAGCCCGGCGGAGAGCCUGACGCUGCCGCCUACUAUGCGCCUGGACGUCCGGGACCUGGCUGCGGCGUCGCCUGGCUCCCUCCUCAUCCAGCAGCAGCAGAACUUUGCCGCCAUUGACAGCGUGCUGGUCCGGCCUGCGGCUGCUGGUGGCGCGGCACCCCAGCCGCCGCAGGUCAUGCUCAUCCAGGUCACCGUCGCCAGCUCCCACCGCAUCAACAUAAACGGCCUCUCCACCGCGGUUGACCAGCUGCCAGAGUCAGUUAAGAAGAUGACCAAAGCGCUCUUCUUCGCCGUGCCGCCUGACAUCUUUGCGUCAUUUCCUGCGCAGCAGUUUGAAGGCUCGGGGGAGUUGCCUAAGCCGCUGCUCAAGAUCCAACAGUACGCCCUGGAGGUGCCCAUGAAAGGCCGCAUGGCGGUGGUGGGGGCCGGCGCCGACGCCGACGUGGCAGCUGGCGAGGAGGGAAUGGAGCAGCCAGCGGCGCCGUGCAGCAGCAAGAGGCGGCACGGCGUGGAGUCUCCGGCUGCUGAGCCAGAGGCUGCGGUGGGCAAGGAGGGCAGCGCGGUGAAGGGGACGGUGGCGGAGCACGGGCCCAGCUGUAACUUGAGGCAGCGCGGCAGAAAGCCCGAAGUCACUGCGGGCAAGGAGGGCAGAAAGGCCCAGUCCGUGGUGGCGGGGCGGCAGCAGCCAGCGCCCGCAGAGCAUGACGGAGGCUGCGGGGAGGCUGCAGGCAAGGCGAAGGCCAAGGACAAGGACAAGGGCAGGGCCAAGGCAUUAAGAUAUAGCUUAGUACAAGACGCACUAGAUGGGGAUGCCAUUGGAGAAAGCAGCGGUGACAAGUUGGCUGCUGACGUGUCGUAG